AUGUCUGUCUUCCUACCACUCCUCGAGGACGCCGCAGACGAGGCUCUACUGCAGGCCCUCGCUCGAAUUGGCCCUGUCAUUGUUCCGGCAUCGCAGGCAAAUGCAGUCCAUCUACCCGAACAUGCCACCCGCUAUGUCCUGCUCGAUCGCGACUUUUCUCUCGACGAAGUGACUUCUUUCCUCGACCAGGGUGCAGAGAAGGUGAUCCUCCCGCUUGGUCAGGCCAAGGACGCCAUCGGGAUUCUGCCUGCGGAUCGCCUCGUCUUACUUAUCGAUGUAGGCAGUGUCAGCGCAGUAUCAGACAGAAUCCGCAACGGCGUGUCUGGCGUGCUCAUAAAGACACCUGCGCUCGAUCUCGACUUUGUUGCUUCCUUCUCCCGGUUCUUCGCCGGCUCGGCUGUCCAUGUCCUGCCUGCAACCACGAGCACACCGCCUUCGCAGUCGUCCAUUCGCGGUCUUCUCUCCGCAGGAGCUAUUCUGGUUCUUCCUACGACCCUGCUCACUCUCUCGGCCUCGACUGACCGCCACAUCAAUGUCGCGGAUGCAUUCCUUUCCCCCAUUAGCUCUGACCGCCCGGAUGGCCUCAUACCCACCGUCGUUUCCUCUCACGCUGAGGGGGGCCGCUCGCUGGGUCUGGUGUAUUCGUCCGCGCAGUCUAUCAGCGCUAGCAUCGCCACUGGGAAGGGAGUAUAUCAGUCGCGCAAGCACGGUCUCUGGCGCAAGGGCGAGACAUCUGGUGCAACACAGGAUGUCAUCAGUAUCCGUCUCGACUGCGACUCGGAUUCGCUAGAGUUUAGUGUGAUUCAACACGGCGCAGGAUUCUGUCACCUCGACCGAUCGUCUUGUUUUGGGGAGACGGAGACCACAAGUUUGUUUGCACUGGAAAAGACCCUGCAAUCAAGGCUGUCUUCUGCGCCUGAAGGGUCAUACACCCGCAGAUUGUUCGACGACCCGGAUCUCCUUCGCGCAAAGAUCAUGGAGGAAGCGGACGAGCUGUGUCGCGCACAGACCAAGGAAGAGAUCGCCUUUGAGGCGGCCGAUCUGCUCUACUUUGCCCUCACUCGUUGUGUCGCCGCGGGUGUCAGCAUUGCAGACAUCGAGCGAUCGCUGGACAGGAAGGCAAAGAAGGUCACUCGCCGUGCAGGUAACGCCAAGCCACAAUGGACAAAACCCGCAUCAAGCGCGAAGCCAAAGCCCGUGCAGGCGGUCAUUGACCCGGACACACCCAUCCGCAUGCGCAGCUAUGAGCUCGCAGCGGUUUCUGUGGACGAGAGAGCACAGUUGCUUCGCCGACCUGUACUCAAGUACAAUGAAAUGCUGGCUAAGGUCAAGCCAAUCGUCGACGAUGUUCGCAUCCGCGGCGACGCCGCACUGUUGGAGCUAACAGCCAAGUUCGACAAGGCGCAGCUUACAUCGACUGUGUUGCGUCCGCCAUUCCCACCAGAAUCUAUACAGCUUGAUCCCACUGUCCGCGAUGCAAUCGACGUCGCGUACGCAAACAUCCACAAGUUCCAUGCAGCACAAGCAGAGCAGGGGACCAUGUCCGUCGAGACCAUGCCCGGUGUCGUCUGUGCCCGCUUCGCACGGCCCAUCGCACGCGUGGGCUUGUACGUUCCGGGAGGCACUGCCAUCCUCCCGUCCACCGCGCUCAUGCUGGGCAUCCCCGCACAGGUGGCAGGCUGCAAGGAGGUCGUCAUCGCCACGCCUCCCAGGCAGGACGGGAGCAUCUCGCCGGAGGUGAUGUACGUCGCCUACCUCGUAGGGGCGUCGGCAAUACUUAAGGCGGGCGGUGCGCAAGCUGUAGCUGCACUCGCGUACGGGACGCAGAGCGUGCCCAAAGUAGACAAGAUCUUUGGUCCAGGCAACCAGUGGGUCACUGCGGCGAAGAUGCUUGUGCAAAAUGACACCGAUGCACUGGUAUCGAUCGACAUGCCUGCAGGCCCAUCUGAAGUCCUCGUUAUCGCUGAUCAUACAUGCAACCCUGCAUUCGUCGCAGCCGAUCUGCUGUCGCAGGCAGAGCACGGCGUCGAUUCGCAGGUUGUCCUCGUUGCAGUAAAUCUUUCAGACGGGGAGUUGUCGGCGAUCGAAGCAGAGCUAGAUGCUCAGGCUCAUGCAUUGCCUCGCGUCGACAUCGUCCGCGAGUCUAUUUCGAAGAGCAACAUUGUCAAGGCGCAGUCCGUUGAUGAGGCGAUCAAGUUCUCGAAUGACUACGCACCGGAGCACUUGAUCCUGCACCUUGAAAACGCAAGCAAGGUGGUGCCUCUCGUAGAGAAUGCUGGCAGUGUCUUCGUCGGUCCCUAUUCUCCGGAGAGCUGCGGCGACUACGCUUCGGGUACCAACCAUACUCUACCGACGAACGGGUACGCUCGUCAAUUCAGUGGCGUCAACACACUGUCCUUCCAAAAACACAUAACCUCGCAAGAAGUCACUGCGGAUGGUUUGAGGGGUCUUGGCCCUGUGGUGGCAACACUGGCUGAUUGCGAAGGGUUGCAAGCGCACGCGAACGCCGUCAGGGUCCGCCUGCGGGCUCUGUAAUUUAUCUCUAGUGAUCUCAAGCGAGCGAGAAGUGUAACAGAUAUGUAGAGUAACGUACUACAAUAAGAGGAUGCUUCCUAG